UCAGCCAACAUCCUGAAGCGGGCCGCUCUCCACUACCACCCCUCCUCUACCCUUUUUCCUCCAGACCAACGCUUUGGACUCGAGCUGCUUGAGAGAAGGCAGUGAGGAAGGACACUUUUCAGGAGAGAGAUAAAUGAAACAGGAGCACGAGUUGGACUAAGAAGACAGGAGGAGGACAGAGACAGUCUUGAGGGACUUUUUUAACAUAAAGACGGAAAAAAGACACAGGAGAUACAGAGUACCAAAAGGAGGCAACUCACCUGACUCGCUUCUCUGCUCUGCCAGAGGGAGCGACCUCCGUCUUCCCCUCUCCUCCCUCCCCUUCCCCUCUCCCCUGACAUGGGCCCCCUGCUGGCCCUGACCCUUGCCUACCUGGCUCACCUGCUGGCCACCGCGACCGGCUCAGAGCGCCAACAGCACCGAGUGCAGCACGGCCACUGCAGCUACACCUUCAUCCUGCCCGAGGUGGAGCACUGCCAUCCCUUGAAGGACUUCCAGGUGACCAACACCCUCCAGAGGGACUCCCCGCCUGACGCUGAGCCCGACGCGAGCCAAUUGAAGGCCCAAACAGAGAGGCCCUCCUGGCAGGAGAGGAAGCUGGUAAAUCUGGAGAGUGCCAUGGAGAAUAACACCCAGUGGCUGCAGAAGCUGGAGAACUUCAUCCAGGAGAAUGUGCGCUCUGGGAUGGAGGAAAUGAAAAGGACUGCGGUGCACACCCAGACAGCUGCCAUGCUACAAAUGGGAACCAACCUCCUCAGCCAAUCGGCGGAGCAGACCCGCAAACUGACAGAUGUUGAGACCCAGGUGUUAAACCAGACGAGUCGCCUGGAGAUACAGCUGCUCGAGUACUCGCUCUUCACUAACCGGCUGGAGAAACAUAUCCUCCUGCAGACUCAAGAGAUCUCACGCCUCGCCGACAAAAACAGUUUUCUGGAACAGAGGCUCUUAGCGCUGGAGGCCCGGUAUGGGAAGGAGCUGCAGGGCUUGCAGAGCGAGAAGCGGCAGCUUCAGCAGCUUGUGGAGAGGCAGAGUCGACUGGUCGGUCAGCUGCAGGGUGAACUGGUCAGCUCCACGCUCAACAGCACCUUGCUACAGAGGCAGCAGGCCGUGCUCACGGACACCGUGCAGCAGCUGCUGGCUAUGGUCAACCACUGCAACGAAAUCGUCAAAGCGCCCAAGGAGGAGCCGCUUAGUUUCAGGGACUGUGCAGAGAUCCUGCGAUCCGGAGCGACGGAGAGUGGAAUAUACGGCAUACGCCUCCCUAACUCUACGCACACCGUCAAGGUGUUCUGCGACAUGACGACUAGGGGCGGUGGGUGGACCGUGCUGCAGCAUCGGAGAAACGGCUCGGUGGACUUCCACCGUGGGUGGACGGACUACAAAUUGGGCUUUGGAGAGCCGUCUGGGGAACACUGGCUGGGGAAUGAAAUCAUCCACAAGCUGACCAGCUCCCAAGAAUACAGUCUGCAUGUCCAGCUGAAAGACAGAGAGGGGAACGAAGCGUUCUCACACUACGACCGCUUCUACAUCGAGGGAGAGGACAACAGCUACAGCCUUCACGCCGAGGGCUUCAGUGGCACAGCUGGACGGACCAGCAGCCUCUCCCACACCGGCACCCAAUUCAGCACCAAGGACAGAGACAACGACCGCUGCACCUGCAAGUGUGCCCAGCUCGCCUCUGGAGGUUGGUGGUUUGAGGCUUGCGGUCCGUCCAACCUGAACGGCAUAUAUUACCCGAGCUCCUCCAGCGUGGUCCGCUACAACGGCAUCAAGUGGUACUACUGGAAGGGUCCGAAUCUGAUGGGCACCAUGACGAGCAUGAUGGUGCGCCCGGCGAACUUCUGACGGGCACGACGCGUUGGCGGUGCCAGAUUAUCGAGUCAAUGUCGCACUCUGAUGAAUAAAAUGAACAAUAUCCAGGAAAAUGGUAGAUUUUGGGGGAAGGAAAUUUGUUUUGGCUUCUGGACAUCUCGGAGUGGGGCUUUAGCAAUGGCCUGGGGACACGUGUGGACUCUCGGAGACUGGUUGAAGGGAAUACCUGAGUGAGAAUUUCAACCGACAAUAUCUAUUCGCAGACGGUGUCCAGACUGUAUUUCAGGACCGCUCAGCUGACAGAGGAAGAGGGUAUGAACGUUGCUACAGAAGACAAAAAAAACUGAUCACAUCAGAUUAUGUUAUGACCAGUUACUCAAUUCAAAUGCAACUGCUUAAUGGAUAAACCUUUAGAGGCACUAUCUCAAUACCUACCUUUUUUAUAUUAAACUGUGAAAACUUGCUGUGUGUUUGUCUGCUUGCUGUAAAUAAAUGUGACCAAAUUGCAAUCAUUUUCAGACACAGCCUUGAGAAAAAUAGUCUCACACUAACUGCUUUUUUAACUUGGAUCUUGGUAUUUAGAUUCUCCUAUGCAAUACCUUGAUUGUAACUUUAUUCCAGUAGCAUUUUCAGACUGUAACAUGCCAGGACUUAUAGUCCCAGUUCAUACACAAUAUAGGGUAAGAUAACCUACAGUGGCUUCAGUGGUUUACCACUGUUAAUAAAACACCAUAAAGAACAGCAAUAAUAACAGGCUUUGCCCUUUGCGGUAUCUUCCACGGGCCUUUUCAGAAUGAAAUAUCUGCAAUUCUUCACAGGCACAGCGCUCGUAAAUCUUUAUUUGUGAGAGAUUUCGUUCAUAAAAGCGCAUCAUACACUUUCACUGGCGUAAUUUACUUUCAAAAGUGAAACAUUUUGUAAUACACCCCGGGACGAAGUUGUAAAUUCACUGUUUAUUUUGUUGAAACAAUAAAUUCGUACAAGUCUUCGGUGCCUAUAAUCCACGGUGCCAGGUGCUUGUUACCGUCUGAGCUACAUAAACUCCAACAAGCCCCACAUGCUGGACUCAGGA